CAUUUUAGUGAAAUUCAUAAUAGAGCCAUUGAUGAAAUUUGGUACAAACGAGCAGUGGAUUAUCAUUUCAUACAGCCACACAGUUAUGUAUAUUCGGUGCCAUAUGAAGCAGGUGAUAAGAAUGGCACUCUGGUCACUGCAAGUUAUGCUAUUUUUCACACAAAACCAGAUGAUGAUUGGAAAGCACCUGCAGCAGUGAUAGGUUUUCAGUUUAGGCAUUCAGCACUACAUAGAAUGCUUUUUAACAUCACUUCAACUUGUCCGGAUUGUCCUGACAAACACAACAACAAAACUUGUGCCUCAAACGAACUUGAGUGCUAUGUAGUUGACAAUAAUGGCUAUGUUGUUGUAGCAGAGUCUUUAAGGGAUACUGGAAAAUUUUUUGGAGAAAUUAGGGCAUCAGUAAUGGAAGAAAUGGUCAACCGAAACAUGUUCAAAAGAAUACGCAUUUUCGAUUAUCAAGCUGUGUGCUUCCGUCCCAAAUCAACAGGCAAUUGUGCUUCAUAUUUUGUGACAGUAAAUAUAAUAUAUUCUGAGGAAGGUGAAGACGACAAUGGUUCUUCAGAAAUGGGUAUGAAUGAAAAUAAUAAAGGAAAUGAAAAGCAAUAUGAGAGGUGGACAAUUAAUCGGACAAGACCUCAACCAUGUGAUAAGGAGGUUGUUUUAUAUCAAAUGAAUCCCAGAGCAAUACAAGAAAAUAAAGAACCAUUUGAUUCAGUGAAAUGUAAAAGAUUUUUUGAAGUGCAAGUUAUAGAUCAAAGUAACUUGAUUCUUGUGGUUGUGGACAAAGUUUGUACGCCUGAUGAAUCUGAAAAGUUAUCUGUUGCACCAGUUGAAGUAUUUUAUAAUACAAGUUCAUUGGCUUGUUUCAAAGUUGAAAAUAUGCAGAGGAGGCAAAGACCGAGAUCGUGCAUUUCACAUCAUAGAGAUGAGGACAAAAUAGAGUUGUGUGGAGGCUGUGGGACUGUGCACCUGAAUCUUAUCCUUCUACUUUCUUCCUGGUUCACUAUUUAUAUUGCUGACUUCUGUUAAUAGUACAUUUUAAUUUGCCACUAACCAAGUACUAAACUACUAACAUAGUAUAUAUUGACUGUGAUAUUAAAAUGGUAUACUGUUAAAGAGUUAGUGGUUCAUGAAGUAGUCUCCAAAGUUUCAUGUUUUUACAUCAUAAUCAAAUUGAUAUGGAUCUUGUUUUGUUGUGUUUUCUGUACCUAUUACAUACGUAUGAAUUUGUAAAAAUUACCCAAACAAAUGCCAAAGUGUAUGUUGGAAUGUGUUAUAUGAAAGUCAUUAGGCCUGUUUAUAAUACGUUUGUAUGUAUGUCAAGAGAGAAACCAUGCAGAAUGUUUGAUGGUGUGAAUUUGCCAUGCUUAGAUUAAUUAUAAUCAUGUACCUAAGUUCAGAAUGGUUCUCAGUGUG